GGAUUGGUCCGCCUGAGCUUCACGUGGUUUUAGACUGGAUGAUGGCGGGCGCUGGGGAAGAAGUGCGGGAGCUCUUCAGAGCUGGGAUUCGCGGGGUGCUGGAGGCCUGGCCCGCUUUGCAGAUCGCAGUGGAAAAUGGUUUCGGGGGCGCGCACAGCCAGGAGAAGUCCGAGUGGCUGGGAAGUGCAGUGGAAGAUUACUUCAUCCGCAAUGCUGACUUGGAGCUAGAUGAAAUAGAAGACUUCCUCGAGGAGCUGAUGACCAAUGAGUUUGAUACCAUUGUGGAGGAUGGGAGUCUGCCCCAGGUGAGUCAGCAGCUACAGACUAUGUUCCACCACUUCCAGAAGGGUGAUGGGGCUGCUCUGAAGGAGAUGGCUUCCCACAUCACCCAAAGAAAGUACAAAGUCACAGCCACUGCACUUAAGACAGCCAGAGAGACUGAUGAGAAUGAAGAUGACGCAGACAGUGUGGAAGAGAUGGAGGUCACAUCUACGAAUGAUGUGGUUGCUGUGCAGCCUGAAACUUCUGAUGCAAACUCUCAGACUAUUAAGGAAGAGGAUAUAGUAGAAGAUGGCUGGACCAUUGUCCGGAGAAAGAAAUGAAUGGGGCUGGAAAUGUUUUGGGCCGUUGUUGGCUAGGUAUUCUAAGACUUGUUUUUAGGGGCUUUUUAGAGGGCUGUAUACCUCUGGACUGGAUACCCUAUCCCCAUCUCCUCUCCUGUUCUCCUGUUUAGCUCCCUCUAGGAGAGGAAAAGACCUGCAGUCCUUGGUUGUAGGGGUGAUAGGACCUGUCUACCAUACCCUCUCAGGCCGUCAGUGACCACAGGUUACCUAGUAUAGUGCCUUUUGGGUGCAGUCAGUGUGAAGAGAGGGGAUGAGUGAGUGUGGUGUGGCUGGAGGAGGAGCUAGACUGCUAGACAUUAGGUAGGUGGAUUUGUGGAGAGGACCAAUACUUGGGCAGUAGGGGCCUGGCUGGUCCAGGAAUGGUGAGAAAACAUGCAAACGGAAGAGAAUAUUUGAAGAUGUGAACAAAAGUAGCUGUUCCUAUCCCACUAUCUCUGCCCAGAACUUGAAACCUCCCAGGAAUGCUAAAACCUUGACUAGGUGGUAAGGUUGAAAGCGUUGGGCUAGUUUGUUUCCUCCAACCUCUUUCCUCACUCUUUCUCCCAUCCCAUUUUAGUCAGGGAUGAGGCUUACCGUCUUAAUAAAUAAUACUUUCUUGUUUAA